GGCGUGACUCAUGCUUGAAGGACUAUCUUUCAUAAAAGAAAGUUCAGUCCCAUUAAAGGACACCUGAGACAGGCACAAAAAACUCACCCAGGACCACCAAAGCACUGGUCUCAACUAUGCCAGGACCUGGACUGACGCUGUACUCUUGGGAGUCUGGGAUGACCGCAGAGAGUGGACGGGUAAAGACAGGGCUGAGAGGACAUCAAAGGGAGCUUCAUCUGUGACUAGGACACAAGCAGAUAUCCAAUGGCAGAAGCUGGGCACACUGUGUCAUUCCCAUCAGGGGACACAAUCCCCUCAGACCCUUUUGUCACAGUUGAGAGCAGUUCAUCAGAGGUGAAGCCUGAAGAUGUACCCCUGAAGAGCUCCAGUGAAGCAUCAUACUCCUCAAAAGACCUCAAGGAUGGCAGCCAGACUGAUCAACAGGAUGCAAGUGGUCACGGUAUUGCGGAGACCCACAUGUCUGACGGUGUGUGUUUACAGUCAAUGAGCGAUCAGAAUAAACACACAUGUAGUUGUUCACUAACAGUGGACAGGGAACAUGUCUUAUCUCCUCACAAGGACCUAAAACAGCACAGUCUGAUAUCAAUACAGAGAAGCCACUCAGAUAGCUUGCAGAUUUUUAAAGAGGCUGCAGUUUCUCCUCUCCAUUGUGAAACGAGUGCGUCUUUUUGCCAAGGACGAGACCAGGAUGUUUGUGUGCAGUCAUUUCCUUCUUUAGUGUGUAAACAGGCCAUGCCACUUCAGCAGAGCAACACAGUGACCACGUCCACCAGAGCAGGAAGUAGCGGAUCGGCCAGCCCAACUCAACCAGCCAAAAAUGGCUUCUUUCAAAUCUGUGAAGUCAUUCCAGAGUCCACCUGCCCCAAAUUCAAAGAAGCUGUUUGUUGUAACUCACACUUCCCCCACGGAGCCAUCGAGGACACUUUUGCAGCAUAUUGCCACCCGCAACCAAUUCCUGCGCCGGCGCAGCUGCUUCCGCACUUAGUAGGAAUGGAGGAGAGAUACAAGGGCCAAGUAUCAGCAGGCAACCUGCUCCACCUCCCUCGGCUCAUCUCUUCUGUCAGCGAGACCGGAUUGGACGGUAAGCGCCUCCUUCGCUGCUGCAAUCUGGACUGCUCUUGGCCUGGUCCGUUGCGUCCAGUUGGUCCCCAACAGUGGAUGGAUGAAAAGACCAAAAGGGAAGUGGACCAUGACCACAAAAAAAGAACUGAGAGAUGUAGGAGUGCAAGUGGGUCAGGACUCUGAGGAGCAUCCCCAGCACGUGUUCCCAGAAGUGUGCCUGGUGGAAGAGAAGACAAACGCGAGUGGCA